UUUGCUCGCAAGCGUUACGAUGAAACUGAAACAACGACGGGAUCAUCGUCGGCAUCGCGAUGUGUGAGGUGCCGAGGCGACGUUUUUAUAACAAUGCGUCUAUUCCAUUUUUUUCGAGAAACAAUUCUUCCGUGCUGUCGCAGCUGCGGUUUCUCACGUUGCCGAAUUUCUGUGCGCGUUUCGCCUCUACGACGCGAGGAUGGUGCGAAGUGUCUUAGCCUUCCUUUUCGUGCCCGUUCGAUCGGACGAUUAUUUUUGGUGAUUAAAAACUGAAUCGGUCCGUCUACUCGGGACAAGCUAAAAAAGAUGGCACGCGCAGUCCUGCUGUGAGAUGCGCGCGGUGUUUGCGAAAACAUCAUUAACGUAUUGACGGAGUAUCUUUCUCGUCAGUUGCCGAUCAGCAAUCGGUAGUCAAUAUUGAUUUAGCAAAGUUGGGAAGGUCUCCUAACUUUGCCCUCUGCUUGUGUUCCGUUGGAGAAUCAGUUCAGUUUCUGUGGUAUUUGUGCUUCCUGUUAGUGGGACGCUUCGGUGAGAUUUUCUGAGGUUAUGAUUCUCAAGAUUGAUCUCUUGUAUGUAAGUGAAAUACGAUUGCAGCUUUGAGUCAGCCUUGAUACAAAUCGUUGGUCUACGUUGUCUUUCCUUGGCCUCAUAAGAUCUCGAUAUUUUCAGACAAUAUUACGAAGACUUCGUCCACUUACGGCCACAACAUGCAGAAUUUUGACGAUCUUGAUAUCGAGGGACGUAGCCCUUCCCAUUUGUCGGAAGAGGACAAGGAAAAGGAAGAGCACGAACGCAAGCGUAUAAUGCGAUGCAGCGUCUCCGCCGAAGAUGGUGCACUGAGACCCGUGUACUCCGAUACCGAAGACGGUGAUAUAUGGUGUCAUAUCUGUAACAUUGCCCUGUACGGGGCGCAUAAAUUGAUAAAUCAUAAUAUGUGCAAUCGACACAAAAUGAAACUGGACGAGUGGCCGUACCCGGUGCUGCUUUGGUCGAAACGGCCGGAGCUCAACAAGACCAUAACGCCCGUGCAGUCCACCGUGAUCGGCGACACGCUGGCACCCGGCGAGCCAGUACCACCCGGCACGGAGGACCAGAUCACGCGCACCACAUCGAUACAGAUGAGCUUAGAUCGACAUCAAAGCUCGCCGCUAGUCGGCCUCGAGUACCUCCUAGAGUUGGUGGACAAUGACUCCUGCGAGCCGAGUUACACGUGUGUUUUGUGCGACAAGCGCGGUGACCCGCGCACGGUAAUGGCGCACAUUACCAGUUACAAUCACCGAAUCACGUAUCUCAAUCGGCACUUCCCGACCAUAUCGCGAGCAAUCACGGAGUUGCCGCGCACUCCGAAUUAUAAGCGCGGGGCCAAUGAGAUAUCGGUGUUAGUGGCGAAGAAGAUCGAAGAGAAGUUCGGAAGAAUGAAGCCGCAACUGGUGGACAAGACACAGUUCGAAAAGAAUAAAAUGCAGUACAUCAAGAGGGUUUAUCAGGACGUGCACUUUAGGGAAACGCCAGAGUGUACGUUUAUGGAAGUUUAUGAUGUAAAAUGGGUGACAAAUUUUGAUGAAAAAAUGACAGAGCUGAAUGGUAAUAAUGUCAAGAGAAAAGAUCCUCAGCUUGUUGAUGGGAAGAUUGAUGAGAAACACAAAAAGGAAGAGAAGAAGGAAAAGUCGCCUAAAAAAAUAGAAUCUAAAGGAGACAUUACGAAAUCGGGCUUCAAGAUCCGCAUAUUUACCAAGGACAAAAUGAACCUUCGCAAGCCUAUGUCGAAGAGCGAUGAAAACACGAAGAAAUUACCGAAACGUCCCUCGGACGACACCAAGUCCCUUUCGUCGCUCUCAAGUAUUUCCAGCAGUCCCUCACCAUCUCGUUCAAGAUCGCACUCACCCAGUCGAAACAGAAGAAGGGGCUCUGCCGAGAGACAUGUUGGAAGGUAUCAUAGUGGAUCUCGACAUUCGCGCGAGCGACAUUCGCGUGAUCGGAAUUCGCGCGAACGACACUCGCGCGAUCAGCAUUCUCGCGACCGGCAUUCGCGGGAACGUACGCGCGGGCGAACGCGAUCGCGGUCACGGUCACGCUCUAUCCAACCACUUAGGGAACGUGACAAGUGGGACAAAUAUCGUGAGCAGAUCAGGCGCGCCGAGGAGACACUGGAUCGUGCUCUAAAGUUUCACGAGAAGAAUCCCGAGAAGCAUCCUUCCUAUCCCGACGAGUGGAAGAAAUUCUGGAACAGGCGUUACAAAGAAUUGCAGGCCGAAGGUAACGAUCCGAGCAAACACGAUUUUAAGCCGGAGUGGAUAGAGUUUUGGAACAAAAGGAUGCGCGAGAUUCAUAACGAGCAGCUGCAGCAGCGAAAGGAGGAGAUUCGAAAGCGUUUAGAGUUACCCGAGGAAAAGCCACCGGAGAAGUGGGUACCCCCGCCGAGACGCGAACGUUCCUCCCCCGUAACAAAGCGCUCAAGACAUCGGAUGGAUAGUGACGACGAGGUAGAAUAUGUAGGCACGAAAACCAUCAAACCUGAUUAUUACGACCGUCACGAGAUCCGGGAUCGCGAUUACGUGUAUCCAACGUACGGGCAGGGUAGGGCUAGCCUGUACAGUCAUUAUUAUCCACGCACGGCGACUCGCACCAGACCGAUGCACUAUGCGACUCCGUAUCCUGUGAAAGAUUCUGUGAAAUCACCGACGCCGUCAGUUGCGGAGGAAACGUUGACGGGAGACCUCGAGGUGGUCGGUUUAUUAAGGUUAUUGACGGCGCUUGAAGGGCAGCUGGGUUCCCUCGGUCCUAAAAUAGUGUCGCUCCUGUCGAAAGCUCUGGCGGCUGAGAAGGCAAAGCCGAAUUCCGCGGAAGAGUUGCUGUUCGACGAGGAAGUGAGCGUACUUUUUGAAACGGUGAAAGAGAAGCUGAAAGGUCAACUGUUCGCGGGCAUGGUGGAGAAGAUGGCAGUUAGCGCCACGAAAACAGCCAUACAGAAUAUCGCUAAGUUGUUGCACAGAGCUUCCGAGAGCAAGAAGAAGCUGGAAGAGGAAAAGAAGAAGAAGGAGCGCGAGCUCUUGGAGACAUCGAAGCCAGUCGCGAGUUAUAUCGGUAGAACUGCCUACUCGAGGCCGGUGGAGAUUGUUGCACCUGCGAUCAAGUCCGAACCAGUGAGCGUACCGGGUGUCGGAACGGUCGACAAAGUUGCGAUCGCGCAAGAAAUUGCGGCGGCUUUGGUCGCGCAAGGUAAAUCGAACGUCUCGCAGGAAGACCUGGAGACUCUCAUUAACGCUGUGGUCGGUAUGGCUGAGGCGUCAAAGCUCUGCGACAAACCCGUCACCACCGCGGAUUUCGUGAAGGGUCUGGCGACUUGCGGCACUGCGGUUCCUCGAGCCGCGGACUCCAUCAAGACAAUUAUCGAUUCCACCGAACGGCAAGCCUGCUCAAAAGUAGAGAACCUGUCGGACAACGACCUCAAAUCGAUGCUGCAGAACUUCAAAGACCUCAGCACGCCUGAACAGCACAGUCUUAUUAGUUUUCUGAAGAAACUCGAGGCGAGCGAUCCCAGCAGAGUGGAGAAAUUGAGAGCUUUCGUUAAUCUCGGUACGACGGUUUCGUCGACGUCGGUAAAAAGUAGUGUGAAAACACCGUCCCCGGAGGUCGAAAACAUCAUUAGUAAGAACAGAAAGAGUCUCUCUCCGUUCUCGGUUCGUAAGAGCAACCAGAAUCCAAGUGAUGAGGAGGACAAGUGGAAGCCAAAAUUGGACAUGUUUGCAAACGACGACGAUGACGAGCAACAGGACAAAAAGAAAGACAAUGACGAUAAGACAAAAACGAAGAUAGACCUGUCGGAUGAUGACGACGACUACACGUUCGAGGACAUCUACAAGGCGGCGGACAAGAACGUGAGUGAAAACGAGAAAGCAAAGAAGUCGCGCGCAUUGUCUAAGUCACCAACGUCGUGGUCCCGAUCGCGGUCGCGCUCUCGAUCCCGAUCACGAUCCAAGUCACGGUCUUCGCCGCCUCGACAGAAGGAGAUCACAAGAACGAACGACCCGAACGCGAUACUCAACGAGACCAAGCGUCUGAUCGCGAACAUAAUGGGCGACUUACCGAAUAAGUACGUUCUCAAAACGCACACGAGCCUCAAUAAUGACAAGCCGCUGACGGCGAACUCUGCUGAGCAAGUGUCGUCGAUCGGCAUGACAAACUUUUACAAUCAGACCUUCGUGCCGGAUAAUCAGCCACGGCCUUCAGGCCAACAGCCUCCAAUGACCUACCCCACUGUGGCCAAUCAGCAAUUCCCCAAUUACCAACAACCGCAGAUAUUCCCUAAUAAUUCGGGGUACAUGGACAAUAGUUAUAAUUAUCAAGGCUACGGCAACAUGCCCGCUCAAGGUCAAUACGGCGGGUCGUCGAUGCCAGGUGGUCAAUAUCCUCAUCAGAAUUACGGCUCUUACGCGCCGCCGUCGACCACGCAUUCAUCGGGUUACGUUCCACCAUCGCAGUCGCAGCCAUAUGACAAUUAUAUGCAGCAACAGCGAUUCUACUGAACCACUAUCGACCAUUGUCGUUUUUUUUGUUUUUUUUUACAUCUGCCACAGUUCGUCGAGUUGUGACCGCAUCGCAACUCUUUGUUGUACGUCCAUAAUACAUUGCCAGCGUGUCGAUCUCUCCAUAUAAGCUCUCCAAGUGUAAACAUCUUGUUCGCUUUCCGUGUACGAUUGUCCGAAUGCCUGUACGAGUUUCUAAGCGUCGUUCGUGCGAAUUUUUGCGCGUUCCUCCAAGGGGGACAGACUGAAUUUUGUGCUUCGCAGCAGAUUCAUUCUACCGCAAUUUCGUCCCUCGUUUCUCUGCCCGUAUGCGAGCACCUGCGAUGCGAUUGUAACGUUGUACUUAGAUAAUUCUACAUCGUUCGCACGCGUUUCGUUCUUUCUUCACGUACGGACUUACAUUUUAUAUAUUAUAUGCACGCAUACAGGCCGGUAUUCAUAGUCGGAUUUUAUAUUUGUCUUAAAUUUAUCUUCAGAUAUUCAAUAGCUAAUGAAAUAACCCAUACAUCAUCUCAAGAUGAACUUAAGACGGUCUUAAAUAUAAGAUCCGAUUAUGAACACCGGCCAUAUAUAUAUAUACACACAUAUAUAUAUAUAUGUAUAAGUAUGUUAUAUAAUAUAUAAGUAAUAUACUUAAAAAUGUGUUUUAUAUAUUUAAAUAUGUAUAUUAUAUAUUAUAUAUAAACAUAUUAUAUAUUAUAUAUAUAUUUAAAUAUAUUUUUCCUUCUCCUAUAUAUUCCUCUCUCUCUUUUUUCCCUCUUAUUUUCACGCACUUUGAGAUAUAGACAAAAAUAAGACAAUUGUCGUAUUUUCAUCUACGACGGAAUCUCACUUUGGCGGCGUGUGACAAUUCGAGCGUGCGCGAUCGCAUGCGUGAAAUAUGCAAUAUUACGAAACCUUUUUCACACGUUCCUUUUAUACGUUCAUAAAUUGCACUCGCGUUUUCGUACAAGCUUUUUUUCUAUGUGUGCGCUACGUAUAUGUAUGCGUGCGUGCGUGCGUGUGCGUGCGUGCAUUAGUGCGUGCGCGCGCACGCGCGCGCAGGUAUGUAUAGUGAAAGUCGCAUAAGUUGGGUGUACACUGAGCUGAAUGUAAGUCGUUUUCGAGCGAGUUACAUAUGCUUCGGAGUGAUCGAAGUGUGUAUGCUGUUAUGUACAUCGUGUGAUUUCUCGACCAAACGAAAGUAAGUAAAACUGAAUCAGACGACUGUUGCGUGGAGGUACGUGUAAUAUCAUUCGCCACGUUAAUAUAAAAUGUAUAUUUUAUCAUUUGUAUUAUAUUUAAUACGAUAAUGAGACCCGCAAUAUAUAUGGUUUCUGUAGAAAUUUCAGCGACAUUUAACGAAAAGAAAAAAAAAAAAGAAGAAAACGAAAUAAUUCAUUACCGAAAGAAAAAGAGACAUUUUAAAUCAUUGUUAAGACAAAUAUCUCAUU